UUCCACCUGAGGAAGUAAACAUGCAACGUAGAUUAUGCAUUUCUCAAGAUUGAGGAAAUCUACAGGCAAGCUCACAGUGUAUGGACAACCAUCUAAGCAACAUUGAGCUUUAGUGAGGGCAGUGUACUGCACCAUGGCUCGAUGGCAACCCAUUGCAAACCUGAGGAAUCAAAUUAUACAUCAUCCACCUGUGACUGUUUUUUUCACGUGCCUGCUGGUCCUAACUGGAGCUUUCAUUAGCAUUGGGAUAUACUCACAAAACCAUGACAUCAAGAACCCAGACAUUAACAUGGACUGGAAUCAGAUGCUGGGUUCUCUUGCAGAUUUGAAGUUCUGCACACAGUUAAAUGAUACAGAUCUUUUAAAUGAGAAGCCGGAUACGAACUCACCUCGACUGUUAGAUCAUGCAGAUGAAUUGAUCAACAAUAUACAACAAAAAAGUGAAAUUAAGAGCAUGUUUCUGCUGGUGCCUCUAAUGCAUGUUGGAGAUGACUUUGAGCACAGCAGCAUUAGUGCCACAUUACUGGGAAGCCAGUUAGGCCUGGAAGGUUCUGCUGGGAAGCAGUCAUUAAAUAUAUCGCUGUUCUUGGAUGUACAGACUCGUGUAUCACCAGCUGAUUCUGAGCUAAUCCAAAAGCCCUCUAACAUGCAAACAAAACCCCAGUCCUACGAUUCUUGUCUGAAGAUUACCGCUCCACAUAAUAUUCUGCCUCAAACUCCGACACCACCAGAAUGCCCUUCUAAUAAAAACCUGGAGAACAACAUAUCUCCUGUAAGGGCAAUUGCUAUAGAAUCAUAUAAGAAGAUCUCUAAAGCACAAGCAUGCCUCAGCUUGGAUUUCACUCCUGACUCCAAACUGACUGUCCUUCUCACUCAGGAUGAAAAAGCUCUUGCUAGAUAUCACCUGCUGUUGGUCAGCAUUGUGCUGUUGGCACUCUGCAUCAUGAUGUGUCUUUUUGGAACUCUUACCUGCUCCAAGUCACGCCGUCACCUUGCAAGCGAUCCUCAAAAGGAGACUUUGCUGGGGUGAUGUGGAUGAGAACUGCAUCAAGAGCAGCACACAAGGUUUACUGCUCAUCAGUCACUGUAAAAGUCUAUUUAUGUUAAACAUCUGUGAACAAAAUACCUAGUGUUCUUGGGAUUUGCUGUGAAUACAUUAAAUUCUUCCACUGGGUGUCCUUUGUGAUCAGUUUGGCUCUUCAAUCUUCUGCAUUCAGUGUGCAAAGUGAAAGUAAUAUGAUUUUUUUUUUUUUUUUUUUUUUAGAAAAGGUAAAAUUAGGAUUUUAAUCAAUAAAUCAAGUGUUAUCAAAACACUCACAUUUUGUGUUGCGACAGUGACAAAUACUUAUUUUUGGCCAAUCAGCCCUGCUGAAAUUUAUAUAAUAUAAUGUAUAUUAUAUAUAAACUCUCAUAGAAUCUGUAAUGGUUUUAAUGGAAACUGUAAUGGUCCCUGUGGGUCUCUACUGGUAAAUUGUUGCCCUCUAUUGAAGUAUUAUUGAGCUGGUUCGUUAGUUUCAAUUCCAUAUUGUGUCAUUAGUUAGUUUCUUCCAUAUUGUGUCAUUUCAUAUACGCUCCGGCAGGUACAUAAAAUUUUUAAUGAUCCAGACCACCCACUUUAUCAACAUUUCAACCCCCUUACUUCUGGCCGCAGGUAUAGACUACCCAUGUGCAGAAAGGCCAGCUAUGGUAGGCGCUUUGUUCCUAUGGCUAUACGAGCAUUAAACACAUAGGUACUCAGCCAUUGGGAUGCCAUCUUAUGCUCUGGCAUUUGUUGUAUGAUCCUGAUGGGUUUUUUUUUUUGUCCCCUUCACCCCUCUAUGUCUUUGAUUGUUUUGAUGGUUAAUACGCAUGUUGUUGUGUUUGUUUUUCUACACAUCCACAGUAGAAACAAAUUUCAUCUUUGAGGACAAAUAAAUUAUCUAUCUGUCUAUCUAUCUA